AUGCCCAAGCGCGGGGGCCGCAAGCGCCUCCGGCGCAACCUGGACCGGCCCGCCGCGGCUCGCCGCCGUCGGAUAAAGAUCCGCGUGUCCUCCUACUGCGUCGCUCGCGGGCUGGAGACGCUGGAGCUGCUCAAGUGGCUCGAGUCCCAGCCGAACCGUCAGCUCUCGAUUGGUUACCUCGCCGAGGGAGCGGGGGGCGGACAAGAGUGGCGGGGCGGCGGCGGCGGCGAGGCGGCAGAUAGCGGGGGCGGCGGCACCGGUGUCGAUGUUGAAACGGCCGGUGGGCCAACAGCGACGGCGGCGGCCUCUCCGGGGGUAGACGGGCUCGAGUGGAUGGACUCGCUCUACAUCGACGUGAUCCACUCGACCACCGACCUUCGGGGGGGGCUCCGAAAGGCUCGCGAGCUCGAACGGCCCGCUUGGGAAGCGGACGAGUCCGCCGACGGGGAGGACGGCUACGGGGACGGCUACGACCAAGAGCAAGAGGACGUGGACGGCACCGGUGUCGGCGGCGGCGGCGGCGGCGGCGGCGGCGAGGACGAAGGCGAUGAUGCCGUCACCCGCCACAAGGACAUCAUGUUCUUCCCGUACGGCGCGGUGGUUUUCUGGGGGUGCUCGGAGGCCGAGGAGAAGGAAGUACUGUCCAACCUCACCCGCUUCAUGGUGGGGAAAGUGUCAGAGACCGAGCUCGCCCAAUCCUUCGACGACAUGACUUUCGUAUACCGACAUCGCGGCGGGAAAAGAGGCGUGCCGUUGAAAAACGACGAGAUCACCCUGGACACUCAAGACCCCGCCGAGAAGCUUGCGUACUCGUGCUCCCUGGCGCAGUCCGCCAAGCUGUUUGUGUUCGAGGAGCGGCUGGACAACAUCAUCGAGACAACCGCCAAAUACCCGCAAGUCCUAGCCGCCACGGGAAAGAUUCCGCUGACAGAAGUUCAAAUAGGGUAAGCCAGAUCGUUGGGGGGGGGGUGGCAUCGGCCGCGCUUACCGGUUGGCCAAUGGAAGGACGUCGGUCUUGUGGCGGGAUAAAAGACGCGAACAUGUGUGCGUGGUCAUUUUAGGAUUUUGAGCGUUUGACAUUUUCCUGCGUAGUACUGUAAGAGCGCUUGUUCUGUGUAGCGGUGGGUGACGUACCCGUCACGGACCAUCAGACACCGUACCUGUUUUUUUUUUUUUUUGUGGUUUUUCAGUGAUUGCAUCGAUACGCGACACUUGGAUUCCGUGUGUGUAUGUUUUUUGUUUUUAUGCGUCGUCCAUUUGCAAUCGGAUCUUCUCAGUUUUAUUUUUUUGUCACAGUCAUGUCGCAUUCGUUGGUUGUGAUGAAGGGGUCCAGUGGAUCGAGUCAUGAUUCGAGGAGUAUCGUGAAAACCACGGGCGCAACGUAGACGUUUGAGACUUGUCGUCCUCCCCGCCCCUCCUUGCCGCUCCCAAUGCCGAUGCAAUAACAGGCGCUUGGUUGGACGAGUGCUAUGCGAACAAAAUGAGGUCAACUUACACUCCGACAUCCUGGACACGCCCGAGUAUUUCUGGGAGGAGGACGCUUGGGAGCCAGCGUACGAGGCGCUGUGCGCCUACCUCGAUAUUCCACUGAGGGUGGAUAACCUCAACAAGAGACUGAGCAUACUGAGGGAGCUGCUGGACGUUCUCUC